AUGCUAGUGUUUGCUUUGAUUGUAUUGGGUCUGGCAGAUAUAAGUGGGGAGGGGUACGCUACUUGUACAACCCCUUACGAAUUAAAGACUUUCCCCUUCUCCGAGAAAUUCAUUGUCGACGAAAAACAGAAGUUCCCCGGCGACUGUGGGGAGGAUAGUACUGACCAAAGUAGUGUCUGGUUGAAACUAGUCAAUACUAAUACAGAACCUAUUGUCUAUAAUAUCGUGACAGAUGCCAGUUUGGCCUUUCACAAUUCAUGCGACAGUGAAUGCAUCGACACAUUACCUUCAACUACAACCCUCACCGUCCCAGCUACCGCCACUUUUUUGUUGGUAUUGAAAUCAAAUGAAACAGUCCAAUUUGCUAUCAACGCGCUUGAGAAAAGCGACGCAACGUCCCCGAUUUUAAUCCCACAAUUCCCAUUCAAUGGGGUGUACCAAACUGCAAAAACAGGUACAAAAUGCUUCCCAACCUCACUCGGCGCCGUGUUCUCGUUGCCGGAUUUUGGGAAGUACUCGGCGCAGUUGAAUACUUAUGGGUCGUCUGUUAGUCUUGUCGCUUAUUACGAAGACGAAUCAAAAUGUUAUAAACCUCUUCAAACUCUUACAGACGGCGUCCUUUAUUUGGAUAUGAAAAAUGAAUAUUAUUAUAUCACCAAUAAAUUCCAAUUGAUUUCAAUUGAGGAAGAACCAUACGAGUAUGGAGUCAUUGCUGUCAAUUUUGAGUACAAGGAAGGACCAGUGUGCACAAACGCAGUUGACUUGGUGGCAACAUCCGAUGGCGCAAAUGUCACUGGAAUCAUUUAUUCGGGAACGUUAAAAGGAAAAGACGCAUGCUCAACACAAGAAAUGGCUUUUGAAUAUGUCAGAUUGAUUGGGGGCGACUGCAAAGUGACAAUCACCACAGGUAAGAAAACACCAAUUGAAGUGCAUCUGUUCGACACGUGCGAUAUGAAGGAAUGCGUGAAGAGCUACUCGACGGACGAAACAACGCUCACGUUCGACGUUGCGUUUGACGACCAAAUAUACGUCAAAAUAGCAACAUCGAGCGAAGAAAAUCUGAGCUUUAAUAUCAACGCAGAGAAUAACUCGAAACUGUCCACUGGAAUGAUCGUGUUCAUCGUCAUCUUUGUUAUCAUCGCGCUCCUUGUGAUCGUGGCCGGUAUCGUCGCUGUCGUAUUAGCAGUCAUCAGACAGAAGAAGUCCACAUACAGCAGUCUCUAA